AUGUUAGCAGAGCUAAGUGGACUGGAGGCAUCUGUGACCUUUGAUGACGUGUGUGUCAACUUCACCCAGGAAGAAUGGGCUUUGCUGGAUCCUUCACAACAGAAACUGUACAGGGAUGUGAUGGUAGAAACCUUCAAGAAUCUGGCCUCUGUUGGUAAGGAUGACUUCAUUCCCUUGUUGCUCUUCAGUGCUUUGGAAAGUCAAGUGGUAGGGAGAUUCUGUGAACACAAAGAAGAUAUUCAGUAUGGAGAAGUCUUCGGCCAUACUGCAGAUCAUAUUAUGAGCAAUAAUACUCCUAGUGGAGUGGGAACAAAUGAAAACUGUGUGUGUACAGAAGUCUUCAUCAGGAAUCCAGCCCUGAGUCUGUCCUUCAGAAUUCAGAGUGGACCCGAGCCACAUGAGUAUCAGGAAUACAGAACAAACCCACUUAAAUGUAAGGAUUCUGGGAAAAUCUUUCCUGAAUCCAGAUUUCUUAAAUGGCACAAAAGAAGUCACCCUGGAGAGACAGCCUUUCUAAGUAAGCAGUAUGGAAAAGCCUCCUUUCCAUUGAGUAGCCUUUGUAAACAUGAAAUGACUCAUGGCAGAGAAAAACUCUAUAUUUAUAAGCAGUGUGGGAAACCCAGCUCACAUUUGUGUGCUGUUGAAGAACAUGAAAGGACUUACGGUACAGAGAAACCCUAUGUAUGUGAGCAUUGUAAAAAAGCUUUUAGUUCUUCCAGAUACCUCAAAACACAUGAAAGAACUCACACUGGAGAAAAUCCCUUGGUAUGUAAGCAAUGUGGAAAAGUCUUUAGUGCGUACAGUUCCCUCAAAACACAUGAAAGAAUUCACACUGGAACAAAACCUUAUGCAUGUAAAACAUGUGGGAAAGCCUUCUAUACUUCCAGUAAUCUUCAAAGACAUGUAAAAACUCACAGUGGUGAGAAACCAUAUGUAUGUGAGCAGUGUGGAAAAGCUUUUAGUACUUCCAGUUACCUAAAAACACAUGAAGAAAUUCACACUGGAAAGACCUUUGCAUGUAAGCAAUGUGGGAAAACGUUUAGGUCAUCCAAUCACCUCAAAAAUCAUGAACGAAUUCACACUGGAGUGAAAUCUUAUGAAUGUAAACAAUGUGGGAAAGCCUUCUAUUGGCCCAGUGGUCUUAGAUCACAUGAACAAAUUCAUUCUGGUGAGAAAACCUAUGUAUGCAAGCAUUGUGGAAAAGCUUUUACUUCUUCUAGAUACCUGAAGUUACAUGAAGGAAUCCACAUUGGAGCAAAACCUUAUGCAUGUAAACAAUGUGGGAAAGCCUUCUAUUGGUCCAAUGUCCUUAGAAAACAUGAAAAAACUCACAGUGGUGAGAAACCCUAUAUAUGUAAGUAA